CGGUGAAAUGCAAUCCAGAUCCUAUGGUUCUUAGAUUGUUGUCCGCCUUAGGAACGGGGUUUGAUUGUGCUAGUAAGGCAGAAAUUCAAACUGUCCUUGACAUGGGAGUGGAUCCUUCUAGGAUUAUAUACGCAAACCCUUGCAAACAAGCUUCCUUCGUGCGUUACGCCGCAGAGCGCAAUAUUAGAAUGAUGACCUUUGAUAAUACUGAUGAACUCUACAAGAUUAAGCGCUACUUUCCUGAUGCUCAACUGGUGCUUCGCAUUCUUGCUGAUGACUCCAAAUCUCUAUGUAAAUUGGGCCUCAAAUUUGGAGCUCCAUUAGAUUCCACCGGAUUACUAUUGCAAACUGCAAAGGAAUUGGAAUUAAACGUGAUUGGUGUCAGCUUUCACGUUGGUAGUGGCUGCUACGAUGAGACAGCAUUUGUGGAUGCUGUUUAUCGAGCUAGAUCUGUUUUUGAUCAAGCUUUAGAAACAGGGUUCAAAUUUCAUCUGCUCGAUGUCGGAGGCGGGUUUUCGCAUGUUCUCGAUGGUGAUGGUAUCACUUUUGAAAGAAUUGCGGCUUUACUUGGACCCGCAAUUGACAAACUGUUUCCGUCUGACGUUCGAGUAAUUGCUGAGCCCGGACGUUAUUAUGCGGCUCCAGCCUUUACCAUAGCUACUAAUGUAAUAGCUAGAAGAAUUGUGCUCCAAGAUAAUGGAGAUGAGAAAAUUCAGGAUAUGGAUGCUGUUUUCAAUGACGCACCUCCGACUGGGAACGACCAGCCUUCAUACAUGU